AUGUCUCGACCAUCAACAUAUCAUCGACCUACGAAUCUGUCCAUUCGACCACCAUCACCUUCCCAUCCAACCGUACCAUCAUUAAGUACACCUACCACCUUGACUAAUCCAUAUGGGAAUGCCUAUUCGCCCCGUAAAACAGCAUUACCACCUUCACCUACACAUUCAAAUGUCUCUUAUGCGAGUCGAGGUUCUUCUUCUGGAGUUGGGACUAGAGGGGAAGAAGUACCUCCUCCCCUGCCCAUAAAGAGCGAUAAGAAAUUACCGGGGAUUCCAGGUAUUCAAGGUCAAAGUCCACAUAAAUACUCUAUAGGAGGAGGUGGUACGGGAACUAUAUCUGGCAAUCAUGGUGGAAACCAUGGUCAAAAAGGAUGGGUGACAGGUGUUUACGAUAACAAACUGGUUUCUUCGACGUUAUCUCAUCUACCGCCUUUACCGCCAGUAUCCCCUGUCCACGCGUCGUCCUCUUCAACUUCCUUACACCCAACCAAUUCUUCCAGUCAUUUGCAUCCUUCACCUAGACCUUCAGUCUCUGGUAGCACUCAUAAUCACAAUCACAAUCAUAACCAACUUCAAUCAUCCGGGAUCGUAGUGUAUCCUGAUGGUACACCUUUGACCGAACAUAACAGCAACUAUUACCUUCAUCAUCAUCAUCAUGACCCUGUUGGCAGGAUUGCAGAAUCAAUGGCUAUGGCUCAUUCGAGUCCUAAUUCACCCUGGAGUUUGUUGACCGUUCAUGUUUUACCUCUAUUCGCUGGGAGUGCUUUAAAGACACCUUUAGAGGAUCUAAAUCAAUUGUGCCACUCCCAUAUAGUAUCGACAUCUCAGCGAUCACCUCCAUCAAGAAUUGUGUCUCUUCUCACAUCUGAUUUAAGAGAAUUUAUAGCUUCAGGUAUGUUGACCUUGAAAGCAAAAUUCGAAACUCUCGAAGAAGGUAAAGUGGUCAGCAGAGCUGCAGAAGUAUGGAUAUUCUUUUGGGCUCAGGUACUACCUUACGUAGAAGGAGUCUUUCUCCCUUUCACACAACUUCGUGAUUUACCUUCAUCAAAUUCAACUUCAAAUUAUCUAACUGCACUGUCUUCUCCAAUCCCUGUACGGCAUUUACUACUGUCAGGAUUCCUCAUACACAUCUUACUUCCCCUCUUACCAAGGUUGAUACCACAAAUCGUGAAUCCAGCCGCUUCAUCACCAUUACCCAAUUCAUAUCCACCACCCACGACCUUGGAGCUGAAUAAAAUCCUACAAAUGUCUUUGGUUUUAUCUACGCAAGCUAGAUACUCGACUUUCAUAUCGACUUCAAGCAGCAGCAGCAAUGAAGAACAAGAUGAAGAAGUUAGAUUCGACGUAGAAAGUUUAGGUAAAGCUGUAAGAUGGAAAAUACAACAGAAUGAAAACGAAGUCCAACAGGCCCUAUCGAAUAAUAACAGUUCUCCCGUGAAGACAUCAUCGGUUCCAAGCGGUAUUGGUCGCAGUAACAGUGGAGGAGGGGGUUUGAACAGAGGUCCUAGUUUAUCACAAUCUGGACGAUAUCGUAGAAAAGGAUGGAGAGCAUCUGCCAAUCUUGGCCUUCUAGGUGUACAGCAAUUUCAACCUCCUGCAGGAACAGGAGAAAUAUCUAGGCAGAAUUCUAGUGAUCAUUUCGCAAACUUGAAUAUGAAGAACGGAAGAAUUGACGAAGACGACGAAGAAAACGGAUACUAUGAAGGCAGAUCUCAUUAUCCUCCGAGACACAGGACGAAUACCAAUGAUUCGAUGAACACACUCGGUAUACCAAACAAUGGUGGUAUAGGUUCAUCAAUGUUGUCUUCAACGACAAAUGGGGGAGCAUCAACGUUGGGUACUGGCUCAACUAUGACAGGCGGAUCAUCAACUAUAACUGGAGGAGCAAGCACGAUCAGAGGUGAAAGUCUAGCUAGUUAUGGUGAAAGUCCGACGGCAACUCCAACCACAUCAACGGCUUCAGGCCAAUAUAUGACCAAAGGUAUCGCGAACCCGAAUGGUGAUUACAUGUAUGGUCGUCCGAUAAGAAGAGGAAGAGCCGAGAGCGACAGUGAGGUCAUCGGUGCAAGGGGAGAUAGAAGGAUUUGA